CGGCGCCCCGUCGCACACCUGAUGGGCUGGGCCCUUCGCACCCCCACUUUAGCCUGAAGAACCUGGCCAAUUAGAGGGGGGGGGGUCGGACACACCAGAUUUCUGUGGACCCCCCUCCCGCUGGGAAUGAUGGAACCUGGAACUCAGCGCAGCUGAAAAGCGGACCCCCACCCAAACAACCUCUGGCCGUGGGCGGGGCGCGUGUUCCCCUUCGCUGACGUCAUCAGGGGGCGCGGUUGCCGUUGCUCGCGGGAGGAUGCGGGAGGCGGCGGCGGCGGCGGCGCGGCUGCAGGCUGUUGUCAGGGGUUACCUGAUCAGGAAAAGGCUUCAAAGCAUAAGGAGUAAGUAUGAGAGCAUCGUCAAGGAAAUUGAAGGGGACUUCGAUUGGCUUCAGUGGACUGGCCAUCUCUUCCCAAGACCAGCAUUUUUCUCAAAGUCUUCUAAGAAAUCAAUAAAGCAAUUCAACAGAGAAGAGAUUAAAAUUGACAAGCCACAAAAACAGGAUGCACAAUAUUUUCAAGAGGCAUCACCGUCUAAACAAAUGUGUGACUUUGAGAUGCAGUUUCCAAGCCGACUACUGCCUGAAGUGACGGCUGAACCCAAGAUCGGCGAGGUAGGACAGCAAGCUCUGGAUGCUCACUCAGGGAAUGUCUGCAGCCUGCCAGCAGAAAAUGAGGAAGGCGGGGAACCCAGCAAUACCUCAUCUGACUGGAGCAGCACAGUUCUGGGGAUGGAGUCUCCCAGGUUGAGUCAGGAGUCUCAUUUCCCCAAAGCACCGGAAAUGCCCAGAGGGAUGCCUGACCUGCAGAACUACCGCAAGCACCUGGCCAUGGAGCUGCUCUGGCUGCAGCAGGCAAUUGCCAGCCGUAAGAAUUAUUUGAUCCUGAAACGGAGGUUGGGGAAACCAGCCUGAGAGCUCAGCAGAUCUCGCAUGUGACCUUUUCACACUGAACUGGAAGCUCACACUUUGACCUGCUACUUCCAGAAAGGAAGCAAGGGGCUGCAGGCAAGGCAUCCGCCAUGUUUCCUUAGAGAGGCCGCAUUCGGAAGUCACCACUGAGACUUACAAAAGUAACUGUGAAAACUGGAGACUGCAAACGCUUUUCAAGGCUGGCAGACUUUUUGGAAUUGCAGUUGCAGAAGCUUCUUUUGUGCUCUUUUGGUGGAGCAACGACGGAAUGUCCGUUUUACCAGCAUUUGCAAAGCUACAGUAGCUAGUAAUCAGUGGGCCAUGCAAGCUGCUGCCUCAUGUGGCCUUUUCCCCCGUCAGUUACUUUAGAGCAGCUUUGACCAGAUAGUUUUCAAUUCCUGGAGAUUAUUCCAGGGUCCCGUAUUGUAGCUGACUCCGGUAUUCUGCUUUUUGUGGCUACUGACUGAUUAUUCUUAAAGUCUUUACUACAUGGUUGGUUUUGCUAUUUUGCUGGCUUGUUUUUUUUAUUUUAAAUUUGGAUGCCCUCUAUUAUUAAAUUAUUAUGAAGUUAAAUAAAACAUUUUCCUCCAUGCCCCA